CAAAAGUGUGAUAUCAAACUAUGGUUCAAUGUUAUUCCUAAUUAGUCAGGAUAGAACACUGCCUCCUUAUGUCAACUUCAUUAUUGGAGGAAUAUCAGGUUGCGUGGCAGUAACUGCAUCGCAUCCCAUGGAUUCAACUAAGGUACGAAUGCAAAUCUUGAGAACUCCCUUGAAAGAGACAAUAUACAAUACUUUUAGAGAACAUGGAAUGCAAGGAUUUUAUAUCGGCUGGACUGCAGGCAUAGUACGACAAUUAACAUAUACUACGGCAAGACUUGGAAUAUAUAAUACAUUAUAUGAUUUGGCCACAAUGUAUUUUGGCCGUUUAAAUUAUCCUACAAUGGUCUGCAUCGGAAUGUUCUCUGGUAUUUGUGGUUCAUUUGUUGGAACGCCGGCCGAUUUGGUUCUAGUUCGUAUGAUAGGUGAUAUACGCUUACCACCUGAAAAGCGACGAAAUUACAGAAAUGUCUUUCACGGAUUAAUGGACAUUGGAAAAACAGAAGGUAUUCGGGGAUUGUGGAGAGGAGCUGUGCCAACAAUGACCAGAGCAGCGAUUGUGAAUGGAGCACAGUUAGGCACUUACAGUAGAGCGAAAAUGAUGUGGAAAGAUACAGGUUUACUUGAAGAAGGCGUAUUAUUAUCAUUUUGUUCAGCGAUGAUAUCUGGAUUUGUAGUGACUGUAACAUCACUCCCUGUGGAUGUAGCUAAAACUAGAAUACAAAGUUGGACUUUACCAUCGAAACCACCAGGAAUUAUUACUGCAAUUAUUACCAUAAUAAAAACUGAAGGAAUAUCAUCACUGUGGCGUGGGUUUUUGCCAACUUAUAGUAGAGCAGCUCCACAUGCUGUGGUUACCAUGGUGUGCGUCGAUAAAUUGAGAGAAAUGUAUCUUAAAUUUUUCUCACCAGCAUGAUUACAUCGAAUGGCAUAGAAUUGAAGGUAGUGAGGAAUCCAGAUAACAUUGAUGCAGAGAAGUGUAGACCAAUACCUUCCGGUAUACGCACUGUGAAAUAAAAUGUAUCUGAUACUUCCAUAUAUUAUAUGCAUAUAUUUUAUAUAAAAUCUUGUAAGUAGAUAACAUUUAAAGUUUGUAAUAUAAUAUUUUUAAGCUAAU